AUGCCACCCUCCAAACAGCACCAGCAAGCCACCACCACCACCACCACCACCACCAUAACAACUAGUAAUGAUAAGGACCCAGCACUAACAACCCUCUCCCCUGAUGAACAAACCCAAAGGGACAAGAAACUGUCCACUCUCCGCGCAUCCAUCGCAAGUCUGCAAUCCCAGAUCACGGGGAUCGAGUCACAAAUCGCACAGACCAAGACCAAGUUGAAGAACGACCCGUCAACGACGGUCCAACACCACAUCCGUCUUCUCCACGAGUAUAAUGAAAUCAAGGAUAUCGCCCAGGGCCUCAUGGGCUUGAUUGCGGAUGCCCGCGGGGUACGGCAAGUUGACGUGCAACGAGAGUAUGGGGUAGAUGAUCGGGAUUAGUACGAGUUGCGGUUGGGUCUACAACUCUAUCUCCCCUCGGAGGGUUGAUUUACUGCGUUCGGAGUUCAACGGGCGUCUUGAUCAUCUUCAUACGGUUGGGCGUUGACGAAUGUUCCAAGAUACCUUCCGCGUUUCUUGCGGGAAGUUCAAGUGAUAACGGAUUCUUUUCCAGCUUUUCCUAGCUCUCUCAAUACAUACACUUUUGACAGCAGAAGCAGAAGCAGAAGCCACCAGACUAUGUGGACAGUCAGUGAAUAUCCAAAGUCCUACUUUGCAGACCCAAGUAGACAACAGAGGAAAGUGUCGUCAACAACUAAGUACAAUUGUGAGAUUCUCCAAUCUAAACCACAAUGCAAGCCAACUCCACAUCGAUCAAUGCAGCUUGGGCGUAAGCAAGAAACAAGAGAAGAGGAUCAAGGCCACCCCCGGCAUAGUUUUGGUGAAGG